GCCCCGGUGCGAGAGUAGCGCGGAGCAGCUCCGGGGCGGCACUGGCCGUCCCCGCGACCCCAGGGAGCAGCGAUAAGGAGAAGCGCCCUGCGCUACCGGUCCAUGAGCACCGGGAAGGCGCGAGGAGCCGGGCCCGUGCGCUUACCUACGGCCGAAAGAGCGGAGAGGCGCGCCAGUGCGCGCGUGUGCUGCCGGCGGUAUUCUCCGCACGCGGGGGAGGCCGGGGGGGGGGGCUGCAGCGCUGGCUUUUGGACACGCGAGAACAGCAGAGCGCGGGGCGGGAGGCAGUGCGCAUGCGCGGCCCCGUUUCGCGUGCAGUAUCGCAAUGCGGACAGGCGAGGGCAGCAGAGAGCGGGGCGGGCAGGAGUGCGCAUGCGCGGCCCCGUCUACGGGUGCAGUACCGCAAUGCGGACAGGCGAGGGCAGCAGAGAGCGGGGCGGGAGGCAGUGCGCAUGCGCGUCCCCCUUUCGGUUGCAGUACCGCAAUGCGGACAGGCGAGGGCAGUAGUGAGCGGGGCCGAAGGUAGUGCGCAUGCGCGGCCCCGUCUCGGGUGCAGUACCGCAACGCGGACAGGCGAGGGCAGCAGUGAGCGGGGCGGGAGGCAGUGCGCAUGCGCGGCCCCCCUUCGGUUGCAGUACCGCAAUGCGGACAGGCGAGGGCAGCAGUGAGCGGGGCGGGAGGCAGUGCGCAUGCGCGUCCCCCUUUCGGGUGCAGUACCGCAAUGCGGACAGGCGAGAGCAGCAGUGAGCGGGGCGGGAGGCAGUGCGCAUGCGCGGCCCCCUUUCGGGUGCAGUACCGCAAUGCGGACAGGCGAGGGCAGCAGAGAGCGGAGCGGCAGGCAGUGCGCAUGCGCGGCCCCCUUUCGGGUGCAGUACCGCAAUGCGGACAGGCGAGGGCAGUAGUGAGCGGGGCCGAAGGGAGUGCGCAUGCGCGGCCCCGUCUACGGGUGCAGUACCGCAAUGCGGACAGGCGAGGGCAGCAGAGAGCGGGGCGGGAGGCAGUGCGCAUGCGCGGCCCCCUUUCGGGUGCAGUACCGCAAUGCGGACAGGCGAGGGCAGCAGAGAGCGGAGCGGCAGGCAGUGCGCAUGCGCGGCGCCGUUUCGGGUUCACUCCAGCACUCUCGAAACGGGGGGACGAUAACGAGCACUGCAGCGGGCAGGGCGUAGGCGCUUUCCCGCCUCAGGUGCGCGCCUGCUUUUUUUCGACCCUCGAGGGCAGUGGUGAGCGCGGCGGAACGCAGUGCGCGGGCGCCUGCCAUAUCUGUUGCAAUACCGCUUUAUCGACAGGCGAGGGCAGCAGUGAGUACGGCGGAACGCAGUGCGCAUGCGCUGCCCCGCAGUAACGAGCGCCUGAGUAAUAUGGCCGCGCGGCAGCGCAGCGGCGAAAGAACUACCGCUGCCGGCGUGCCGCGCGGCACGAAGAUGGCGCACCGGAAGCCCAGUGUCGGAAGACUACCGCUCCCGGCGUGCCGCGCGGCACGAAGAUGGCGCACCGGAAGCCCAGUGUCGGAAGACUACCGCUCCCGGCGUGCCGCGCGGCUGCCGCGCAACGCUCCAAUAACUUUGGCCCUAUGGCCGGCCCGUCCCGCGCCGUCCCCCAAUACCCUCCGGCGCUCCCGCGACCGGACCCGCGGCAGUUCCGACACCGCCUCCGCCCCUUCCCCGCAAUCCUGCCUAUGGCUUCCCCUCAGCUCCCUCCUCCCGGUCGCACACGCGAUCCCCAGCUGGCCCAAGACGCCCCCUUCUUGCGCCCCCCCCCCCACCCCCCGCGCGCACCCCCUUUCUCCCCGCCCUCCGCAGCCCCGGCGCACCCCCGCCCUCCCGCAGCCCCGGUGCGCCGCUCUUCCACCCCCCCCCCCCCGGCCAGCGCGCACCGCUUGUGCCCGCCCCGCACGUUCCCAUCCGCGGGGGCACGCGCCGGACCCGCGGCGCGGACCGACCCCCCUGACACCCCUCACCUCCUCCGCGCUGCAGCCGCCCUGCCGCUUCCAGCGGGUGCAGCUCCGCACCCCAGUUCCCAGCUCCCGGACCGGCCCCGGCGCCAGCUCGCCCCAAACGCUGCUCCGCUCCUGGCCAGGGCCCGCCAUCGCCAUCGCCAGCAGCCCCCCCCCGGCCCCCCCCGGACCGCCUCCCAGCCCCGGCUCCCGCAGCCGCAGCCUGUCGGCAAGGGGGCGGCAGCAACGGCCCUCAGCCCCGGCGGGGACGGCGGGGGCUCCCAGGGCACCAGAGGCACCCCCGCUCCCGGGAGCGGCUCCCUGAAAGCUCAAGGGAGAGCCUUGGAGCGCACGGGGAGCAAAAGGGAGCGCUCGGGGCACAAGGGAACCGAGCGGGACCUGCGGGGGCCACAAAGAAACACCACCCGGGAGCGAGCCUGCCACCGAGCUGGACGCCGGCACGCUUUCCCUUACCUUGUGACACCCAAAGAGUCAUCACCGGCGUCCGUCCGUCGGGGAAGGGUCAGCUCCCGCUGCCGCCCUUGACGCGGCAGGUGUCCGAGUAGCCGACGACCUACCCCUUCCGCUUUCGCCUUCAGGGAGAGCACUCAGCUCUGAGAACGGAGAGGACGACGCCUGAGCUCGCCUGUCUGCGCGCUUCUGCCCUGCGCCAGGCUAGAGCCCUGCAGGACGCUCGUUGCCCAGCGCUCGGCUCGCCCGUCCCAUCGUCGGUCUCGGUGGCACGGGCCUGGGCCGCACGAAGCCCAGCCCCGAGGUCUGCGCGCAGAGCCGAACGCUGGGUGCAGGGGAAGGUUACAAACCCAAAGGAGGGCGGGCUGGACGAGGAGACGGGGAACGGAAGCGGACGGAUCCGCACAGCACGGACAGCCCUCGCCACGCUCCGAGCCCGCUCGCCUGCCGGGCUGCUCGCCUGUUUGCCUACAGCUCCGGGGCGUCCGCAAGAGCCGGAGCGCACGCACAGGCCCAGGCUGGAGAGGAGCCUUGUGUUCCGUCACGGCAUUUGACUAUUCCUCGUGCGCUAGCCCCUUUCAGAUGCUUAACCCCAAACGCUCUCAGCCCUUAACAACUUCAGUACCCUAGGCACCUGGUUCGUCCACGCUCUCAAACCCUCCUUGCUCUUUCCUGUCCUGUUUGAAACUCUCCCAGACCGCCCCCACCCUCAGACCACUGUCCUGCAAACAAAUCAAGCCACCGAGGUCACUGGGAGAUUCUCAGUUCAGUGCUCCUCCCUCCCCUCCCCUCCCCUCCCCUCCCUCCCCAAGCUUUCGCUAUAGCUCCCUAAGCUGGGCAGAACGCAGAUCCUCCCUUAAGCACCCCCAUAAGCGGUUUUUAUUCCCAAGUCGCUCUUACGACAUGAGGCAGCAAAGCAAGGCAAAGACACGUGGGGUCGCAGCUUACCCAUGUAGCCGCAACAAAGUCUUAUUUUAGGCCUCGCUGCUUCUUCCAGGUGAGCAGACCAAAACACUGCUCCAAGCAGGCACCUAAGGCUUCACACAGACCUGGUGGCUCUGCUAGCAACAGCAGCGCCAUAGCGACCGGGCCACCGGUUGUGGGGUUUGUUAGACGCUGAGCUAGGCGACCCGUCCUUCAACUGAGACUAGAAGCAGGUGUGCUGUGAGAAACAGAACAAGAACGCAGAAUAUGAGCCAAGCAGAUAACCGUGGUGUCUGCUUGUGAGAAAAUUGUAUCAAGGGACAUAACCAAUCGCUUUAGUAGCUGGAGCGCGUGCUUGUCGCUGUAUACCCAAUCACUGCGCUGUGUGUGUCGCGUGCACAACUCGUGCUUACUGUAUCGAUAGAUAUAUUUUGCCUUCUGAUAUGGAUAGACGUCUUCUGAUCAGAA